AAACCUCGAUAAAAACUCGAUUAUCGAUUGUCUUCGAUACUAUAGUAAUACUUAUUUCAAGUAAUAAAGAGAACUAACCAGUGUCGGCGUGUUUCACAAUAAAUAGAAAUACUGUAUAAGUACGUUAGUUCUUCACAUUUCUAAUGAUUGUGGACACAUUUGAAAAUAACAUGAUGGAAGAUGGACCUGUUCAGUCUCAAACAAAUCAAGCUGAUUUUAUUAAAGAAGAGUUAAAUUUCGAUAUAAAUCCAGAAGAUCCAAUGACUAAAGCAGCGUUAAAUGAACAACCAGUUGAAGAAUGGAUAGAUAUUUUAGGAAAUGGACAGCUAAAGAAAAAAAUUAUAAGGAAGGGUAAAAGUGGAAUACGACCAAAUAACACUGAUAUUUGUACUUUAAAAAUCAUUGGGAAGUUGAAAGAUGGUACAGUAGUUGAAGAAUGUGAAGAUCUCAAAAUUCAAUUAGGUGAUGUCGAAGUAAUUCAGGGGUUAGACCUAGCAAUUGCACUCAUGGAUGUAGAAGAAGUAGCAGAAAUUGAAGUUCAUCCAAGAUUUGCUUAUGGCCAGCUAGGAAAAGAACCAAACAUUCCGUCAGAUGCUACUAUUUCAUAUACAGUUGAAUUGGAAGCUACUGAAUUAGAAGAAGAAAUGGACACUCUGAGCGUUAAUCAGAGAAAAGAAAUUGGUAAUAAAAAGCGAGAACGUGGGAACUGGUGGUUCACUCGUAACGAACCGACACUUGCGAUUCAAUGUUAUCGAAGAGCAUUAGAAUUCUUAUUACCAACAGAAAGUCGUACUUCCUAUCAAAAUGAAGCAGAAGACACUACUACUGAUGCAGAAUUACAAGGUUUAUUGGAGGAUCGAAUGAAAGUGUAUAAUAAUUUAGCAGCUGCACAAAUGAAAACGCAAGCUUAUGAUGCUGCUUUAAGAAGUGUAGAAAGUGUUUUGAGUUGUCAACCACAGAAUGUAAAAGCCUUGUUUAGAAAAGGAAAAAUUCUACAUUAUAAGGGAGAACAUGCAUUAGCGUAUCAAACUUUACUUCAAGCAGCAAGAUUGGAGCCGGAAAUAAAAGCUAUUCAGACAGAAUUAGCUAUUUUAAAAGAAAAGAAUGCUAAAGAUGCUCAACAUGAAAAGAAUCUGUAUCGUAAAAUGUUAGGUACACAGGAAAAAAAUAAUAAUGUUUCUUCAAAAAAUGCAAAAGGAAAAUAUCAGAUAAAAAAUACCUCAAAACUUACAUGGAGUUUAAUCGGAGGGGCAACUGCAGCAGCAAUGGGUAUACUUUUAUAUAGAUUUGUUUCAUGAGAAAGGUUUAAGGAAAGAGAUAUAUUAAAAUGAAAAACUAUAUUCGAAUUAAAUAUUGAAAAGUGCACUGAUACAUAACUAAACAUUGAUUUAAUAUUUUCAUAAAAAACAAGCUGUAAAAAUUAAAGCUUAUAAUUAUAUACCAAGAAAUCAAAGAAAAAGGUUGUAAAGAUCUGCAAUUUUAUUCAAUAUACUAUUUUAUUUACGUUUUAUUCAAAUUUUAUAUUCGAUAGGUUCAUUUACAUUAAUAUAUAUACUACUGCAAAACUAACAAACAACUUUUAGAUGUAUGUACAUGUUGUGAAUAAUAAUAUACAUUUUGUGUAACUUUAUCAAUGUAAAGUUGUAUUGAUAUGAUACUAUAGUAUAUUCUAAGAUUAACAGUUUGAUUCCAUUCGGGAAACAAGAGAAAGAUCUUUACCAUUGUUAUAUUAAAUAUUUAUUUAGCUCAAUAUCAAUAAUAAGAUAAAAAAUAUAUUAUUACAUUACUUUUACCGUUAUCUAUUAUUUAAGAAUUUGUAAGAUUGUGUAUUAUGAUAUAAAGAUUAAUAAGGGG